AUGGCAGCUGCCUCCGCCGCGGUGGACCUGGGCGCGCCCUGGGGACCUGGGCGUCCCGAGCCCGCUCCCACCCGCUUCCACCGGGUGCACGGAGCCCACAUCCGCGUGGACCCUUCCGGGACGCAGGCCACCCGUGUGGAGAGCUUUGCCCACGGCGUGUGCUUUAGUCACGAGCCGCUGGCCCCGGGCCAGGUGUUCCUGGUGGAGAUCGAGGAGAAGGAGCUGGGCUGGUGCGGCCACCUGCGCCUCGGCCUGACCGCACUCGACCCUGCCACCCUGCCUGCGGUGCCCGAGUUCUCGCUGCCCGACCUGGUCAGCCUCGGCCACACCUGGGUCUUCGCCAUCACGCGCCAUCACAACCGUGUGCCUCCCGAGGGCCACCCGGAGGGGGAGGUCGUGGUCCCCAGCCGACCCCCGGCGCUCUUGGAGGAGCCCUAUUUGUGCAUUGAGCAGUUUCGAAUUCCCCGGGACCGCCUGGUGGGCCGAAGCCGCCCAGGGCUCUACAGUCACCUGCUGGACCAGCUCUACGAGCUCAAUGUGCUGCCCCCGACCGCGCGCCGCAGCCGCCUGGGCGUGCUGUUCUGCCCGCGCCCGGACAGCACGGCUGACAUGCAUAUCGUCAUUAAUGGCGAGGACAUGGGCCCCAGCGCCCGGGGCUUGCCGGUCUCCCAGCCCCUGUACGCGGUGGUGGAUGUGUUCGCCUCCACCAAGAGCGUGCGCCUGGUGCAGCUCGAGUAUGGCUUGCCGUCCCUCCAGACUCUCUGUCGCCUCGUGAUCCAGAGGAGUGUAGUGCACCGGCUGGCCAUUGACAGGCUCCACCUGCCCAAAGGGCUGAAGGAUUUCUGCAAGUAUGAGUGA